AUCAGGAUUUACUAUUACUAAGAUUCUGGAUGUUGGCGUAGUCUAGAUAUAGAGUCUAGAUCUAGUCUAGAUAUAUCUAUUCUAAUUUCUAGGCCUUCUAAUGUCGCACAAGAUUAUAUAAAGCUACACACAGUCUAUAGAUCAUUAAUAUCUCGAUCUAAAGAGUCUAGACAUAUAUUUAUACUUUAAUAGAUUUAGAUAGAUCUAUCUUAUAGUAUCUAAAUAUAUGUCUAUAGGCCCUUUUUACUAUCACCUUAUUCACUGACUGAGUUAUUGUGACCUAUUGAUGAUCUAAUCUAGAAUCUAAUCUUCUAUAAUAUCCUAUUAAUAUUAGAUUAUUAUAGAUAUAUUCUAGAUCUACAAAAGAUCAAGAUCUAAUUUAUUUCUAAUGGCAAAAGAAGCUCAAAAUGCAAGUAAACAGCAGGAUGUGCUUGAUCUAGAUCUAGAAUUUAGAUCUAAUAAUCAUAAUGUUAAUAAUGAAUUACAAUUGCCCAAAGUUAAUGAAAAAGAAAGCGCCAAUUAUGUUGACCCCCGCAGUGGUACUCAUCAAACAGAAGUACGGAAUGAAACUGAAAUGACCAAAGAACAAAUUUCAGUUGCACUAUCAGGAGUUCUUGAAGCAAUCAAAGCAAAAAGAACAAACGAUAGAACUCUUCUAGCUGAAAUGGGCAAGAGGAUUUCAUCGCAGGCAGAGAAGAGCCGUGUGAUGCUAGAGAAACAUUUAACAUCUCUACAUGAAAGAAAAAGUCGAGAAGUGGAUCUUGUCGUGGACAAAAUCAAUGGGUUUCUUGAGAGAACAUCAACAGUAGAAAGUGAGUUAGAACAUCUCAAGGAUUCUCUCCAUUUUCUUUGUCGUGAUUUGUGCAACAAGUGAUCUGGCACGUCUCAGUAACACUGCUUGAUGAUUCGAAACAGGGACCUUCCGGUUCGGAAGCCAAACGCUUUACCACUUAGCCAGCGCGGAGCGCCAUCGUAAACGAUUACUUUUUUGAUUGUGUAUCCAAGUCAAGUUCCACAUAUUUUCAUUCGUUCAAAUCUUAGGUUAUAAUUGUUGUUUUGAAAUUAUCACGUUGUAAGUGUGUCAGCUAAUUCUUUUUAUUUUAAGUUUUAAACAUUAAAACUGUUGUAAAUUUUGUUUGAAGUUUAAUGACGUAUAACUAAUAGGUCUGACAGCCUGCUUUUAUGAUCAAUCAACAUUAAAAGUUGUUGAUAUAACUGAGUUAUUUGUAUGGGUCAUUAUCAUUCCGCUCUGCUAGUUGAAGUAGGCCUAAAACUAGUCAUAGAAAGAUAAAGAGGGGAACGUGAUUCAAAGGGCAAGUUGGAGGCAGUAGUUGAAGUAGAGCCCUCACUAGAUAACAAACUGCAUUGAUUCUAUCCACACAGCUUACCUAUACCCAAACUCUUGAUAGCUUUGUUGUCUGGAAGAUUAACCCUGCUGUACAUGUUUUUUUUUUCCCAACUCAAAUGUAAUUGAACAACUUUUUUUCUUAUUAUUAUCUGUCAAUAUUCACGCCAUGUUAUACAAAUAUUACCAACGUUUUAAAAGAGAAUUGUGAAUCGAUAGUAUUUUUUUAAGCUAAGGACCCACACAGAGUUAUCGCUAAUGUUCCCAGUUAACGUUAUUUGUAAACGGUCCUAACGCUUCUCUUCAAUGGUUUCUUUUCUUUUCAAUACAAACCUGAGGUUCAGAGUCUAUUAGAAAAAGGCCAACCUACUCCUUGACGUUGAUUUCGUUCCCUUUAUGCUGGAGGACAAUUUAACACCUUAAUCCAUUUCCCCGUACAAAGAAUGUCAAAAGCUAAACAGUUAAAUAAUGGGACCAAAAAGCUCCGCCCAUUAGGCGCUGUCAAAGACAAGGGUAUACAUUUCAAACGGGUAGAAUCUGACACUCACUGCACGGUUGAUCUUGAAGCAGUUGUGGUUCACGACACUUGUCAGUUUUUAUCCUGUUUUAAUUCUAGUGAUAUUAGUGCAAUUUUUAAUCGGAUGUUGACUAUACGCGAAACACUUCGGCAAGUUGCAGUGGCCAAUGUUUGUGCUUCGGUAAAUCGUGAAGUAUCCAAUAUAAUGACACUAGCUAACCCUAGUCCAAAUUCAGGAUCAGUAGCAGUAUGCGCCAGCUCUGAAAGUGGCACCAACGGAAAAAAGACAAAAGAAGUUAAUUUUACGGAGAGCCAAACGAGUGAACAUGAGCAGCACAGGGAAGGUACUCUGCCCUCCCUGGUACCACCUGCACCACCCAACACGGCUUCAGCGCCGGCUUCAUUUAUGAAGUCUCUCACAAGUGACAGAUCUCCGCCACCAUCAUCUCGACAUGCAUUGAAUGGAGACUUGGGAAAUUGUUUGCAUAGUAUUUCCAUUAACAAUCAAGAUAACUUUCGAACGAGGCAUAAAGUUGAAGACUUAAAGUCUACAUCGUCUCUAAGUUCCACCGAAACUUCUGACAAAUGGCAGAAAGGGGAGCGUAGCCAGUUUAUUCUGACUCCUGAUGUACGUGUAAAGUCAAAGAGCCCUUCGCUGUCAUCGUAUGCUCUGUGUGGCACAGCACUAAAUCAUCCCACCGCGAAAGAUACAUCAAAAAGUGUCGACAUGCUGUCUGUGCGUAGUUCACUCGAGAGCAAAACCCAUUAUGGCAGUGUCAAUAGUGACGACGUUUCCAAGGUAUCGAGUGAUGACGUAGCAACUAAAGACAGUGGACAAUCUUUCAUUCAGAAAAAUAGAUCCGAGAAACUAAUAAAACCAAUUAAAAGUCAGUAUGAAAUUUCUAACUGCAGUGCUGUGGACAUUGAAGAUUCUAUUGCUUCGUAUGUGUUAUAUGGAUUAUCUCCUGUCUCAACAUUCGAAAAAAAUGCAACUGGCCAUGGAACGGUAAAAAAUUCUUAUCAGACCGCCAACCGAUUUCCAUCUAUCCCUAAUAUUGAGCAUCUUCCGACACCUAGAAAUGGGCGAGUUGGGCUACAAGAGUUCACCAAUGAAGACAAAAAAAUGACAUCAUUUGAUUUUAGUGAAGGUCUUAAAAUUGUCAGUCUGAAUCCUUUAAAUAGCCCCUCUACAAAUGACAAUGUUGCGCAGGGAGUACGACAAACAAAACAUUAUUGCAUCCCAGAGAAUGAAUCCAACAAAGAAAAUCUCAGCCCUGAGGGUAUUGUGGGAACAAACAUGCUACCACCUUCGUCAACAAAAUAUUUGGAUGGAUUAACUCUUCUAACACCAUCACAAUUCACACAAAACAUGAUUGCGGGCAAAAAAAGGCUGAAGAGAUUAAACAGAUCUAAAAGUGUUAAUUCACGAGACAAAUUCAGAUUUCCUUCCCCAUCACACGUUGAGGACAAUGAAAGUUCGGAUGUUACUGUUGACUUUUCUUUGGUAGGCCAAUCAUUGCCAAAUCUAAAGAGCACCCCCAUGUGGAAUGUAACACAAGAAUUCAAUGAGCCUAGACAACCAGUGUCAGGUGUAAAACUGUGUGUAGAUGAAAGUUCACAAACCAACUGGUAUGAAUUAGAAUCUACACACAAUGUUAGACAAAAAGUAGUCCAAUCCAACCCUGAUAAUCCGGAUAAAUCAUGUGAUAAAAAGUUUAUUUUACCGCAAAGUUUAUUCCCUCCAAAGACAAAGCCUGAAUCUGACAAAUUAGAUAUUAAGAAGUUAGUAACAUCAAUCAGUUAUGACUCAGCUAAAUUUACAAGAACCUCUCUGGGGAAAAAUAAUAGAUUUAGAAACAAGAUGAAUGGUAACGUAGAAAGUAAUGGCAGUGUUGAUGCUUUAGACAAAACAACUAUUAUCAAUGGUACUACAACCAAGGAAAUAAGAAUUAUAAGAAAUAAAAUACCUCCUACAGAAACAAUCAUCUCAAAAAACAGCAAUGUCAACAGUACAUCUAAGAAACAAGACAGAAUACCAGCAUCAUCAAAAGAUACUCAGGUUAAUAAUUUUGACAGGUUUAAACUUGAUGGAACAUGGACAUCUACCUUGAACGAAUGUAUCAUUGACAACACUUGUACAACAUUGCCCCCAGAAUCUAAACAUUACACCAUGAGAUCCUUCCUAGAUCAAGUCAUUCAAUUUAAAUCAGAGCCAGAAGAACCCCAUGAAAAAGUAGCAAUAGAACCAUUAUACAUGGGCUGCUCAUCACAGGUACCAGAUAAUGAAACAACAAGUAAAUUCCAUUACAUCUAUAAUGCUGAUAAUGAAGUCAGGACUGGUACAAACUCUAAAGUUAAAGUUUUGACAGCACUAGAUCAUGAUGUGUACAGUGAAUAUCAGCACAAGAAAUACAGAGACACUUUGAGCAAUGGUAAUCUCAAUACUGCUACAGACAAACCAAGACUGCAUUUCAUUAAAGUAAGAGUUAAAGACGACUUUGCUAUUUGACAAAAAUGAGCUACUAUAAUCAGAGUUCUGUGUUUUCGUCCAAUAAUUUCUUUCAAAUGGCAAAGACAAAUAUUUAAAUAAGCAAUUAAAUAUGGUAAUGAGAUAAGCAAUUUUAUGUUAGUUUAGAUAAGUGGCUGGCAUUUGUUUCCCCCCCAAAAAAAUCAUUUAUAGUUCUUUUUUUAAAUUAUAUUAGUAUCCAUUUAAAGACAAUUUAACAAAAUUAACAAACAUAUCAGGUUUUAAAAUAUAAGUAUUCUACAUUUUAAUAGCAUUCAAAUUAUUUAGAUUAUUGUUGCUGACUUCCAAAACCUUAAAACCUUUAAUUACUACUGUAGAUCUGUAAACACAUUCCACCAAAACUUUAAACAACAUCAAUGUGGUUUUUUUUUUUUUAGGUAAAUUGCAAUUUAAAUCAUGUUUAUGUGAAGAUAAAUUCUUUUUUAUUUUCAUUUUUGUUUUACAUAUAUCUAUGCUUAAAAAUAUUUUUUUUUAAAGAUUUAAUUAAAUAUAGAACCUCCAAUUUUAAAAAUAAAUGAAGAUAUUGUUGAACAUGCUCAACUUAUUUUUUUUUAAUUUGUAAUGUUAUUGUAUAAAGGUUCUGUAUUAUAUUAAACAUAAUGAAGUGAUAAUAACAUUUAUAUUUUGGGGGGAGCUUUAAAACAUUGAACUUUUUUUGUUUCUUAUUCAUAAAUGUAAUCAACAACUAUGAUUACAUAUGUUGCUUUCUCACAAAAAAAAAAAAAAAAACCUCCUAAAAUUGCUUCAAGUCAAUAAUAAAACUACUUUAAAAAAUUUUAAUCCUAAAAAAAUUACUAAUACAAAAAGUUCAAAACCUUUUAUACAUUUUUUUUU